AUGAGGAGGGAUCAACAUCCGCUCUUGCUGCCGAAGUGGAGGAAGACCCAACGGCACGCGGAGGUGCAUUGCCUUUUGCAGCUGCCAUCUUUAGCAGAAGCCAUGCACAAGCAGAUGCUCAUCGUCGAGAUCGCAGACAUAGGACCAUCUUUGGGAUGGGCGGAGCCCUGUUCCCGCGAAUGCCUUCACUUGUUAAAGAAGUACGGAGUCUCCAAAGUCUUCUUCACCGAUGGCCUGGGAUCCUUGGUGCAGCGAGACCUUCCACAUUGCCCUGAGCUGGAUUUUCCGUGCGCCCACCAUGAACCAGAAACGGGGAAAGUGACUCUCGAACAUCCAGCGACAUUCUAAAGCUGACCUCCCCACAAAAAAACGAGAAACAGUGGACCUGCAGAGCUGACCUGCAGUUGCUGUGCUGCUUUGAAGUCAAAAACAUCGUUUCCAGGACCCAUCCAAAGCUCCCAGGACCCACUCACGCUCCUUGUGCCGCUCGUCCCUGAAGCCCCGCGAACAUCACCACCCGGGAUGGUCACAUGAUGUCACAUGGCAACAGCCUGUAAGAACCAGUAAAAAGCAGUCAUAGAAUGACCAC